CCUUACCUAACUAUCGCCGCAUCACUUGUGAUGGUAUUGUCCAGCAGCACAAGGACGUUGCGGAGAUGAUGGCGACGCUUAGGAGAGAUGUGGCGGCGACAGGAGUGACCAUCCUCACGGAUGGUCACAAAUCCAUCACUGCUGAUCAUAUAGUAAACUUUUUGGCAGCCAGAUCGUCAAAGGCGUACCUGUUGAGGACAGUCCUGAGAAACGGGGCUGAGAAGGACACGGCGGAUGUGGUUGUGAGGAGGUGGAAGAAGAUAUUUGGCGACUUUGGCGUUGAAAAUGUCGACACUAUUUGUAUGGAUUCCGUGGGGACAUACAUUGCAGUUGCGAAGCUCCUUGCGAAGGACAAGGAUCUCAAAUACAGUCGCAUCACUUGGCUUCCUUGUGCAAGGCAUGUCUGCAACUUGAUGUUGUCAGACAUUGGCAAGGAUGGGAGAGAUGGUGUCGUUGGACACAGGGAGGACACCAUCCUCAGAGCAAGGGCGGUGAUGCGAUUCAUUCGAUUUCAAGAGGCUACCCUCACCCUAUUUAGGCGAUUCUCCACACGCCACCCUCCCAAAUGGCAGACAGCGCCUGCGUCGGCUUCGAGUGGCAACUCUUGUCGAGGUCGGGAGCUCAUUUACCCGUUGCAAACCAGAUUUGUCACACACUAUUUCAUGUUAGAGAGAGAGAGACUAUUGGAGCGACGUCACACGCUUGAGGAGAUGAUGAUCAGCGACGAGUGGUUGCGACAAUCGUGGAGGCGGAGCUUAUCACUUAAGUUCCAAUGGGUGCGGCAGCAGGUCAGAUUCGCUGCGUUUUGGGAUGACGUCGAGGAUAUUGUGGAGUUGAUGACACCUAUCAUGCAGUUGCUGCGUAGACUUGAUCGUACGGGCUGCGUGAUAUCGCAGUUGUGGUCCUGGUCAGAGAGGGUCAUCCAGAGGGUGGCUCAGGUGCCCACCUGGCACACCACCCGUGCAGAGCUCGACGCUCUGGUUCAAGUUAGAGACAGGCAGCUGCAUCUGGAUUUGAGGACAGUUUUGAGGGAGUUCCACAGUCGAGAGGGCGAUUGCACGUAUGGAGGUCGCGACAGGGACAGAGAUGCGGAGAGUUGCAGGGGGGAGAAGGAGACAUCGGCGGUUGGUAAGUGGAUAUUAGAGCGACCUUUGAUGCUGCUCGCGCCCUUGAGACGGGCGUCACACUCAUCGACGCGACGGAUCGUCGGGAUACCUGCGGUACGGGGGAGCGAACCCAGGAUGCCAAGGAGGUUGAGUAGGGGGACGAUUCCUAACCCCCGCAAGGUGAUGGCAGAGUUUGCAGACCGGGACUUGACCCCAUUCGAGGUGAGGAUGACGAUGCCGAGGGAGGUGGUGAUGGGGCUGUCGGUGGAGGGGAUGCACCUCAUGGAGGAUCGAACGCAGUUGCUCGACAUGAUGCAUGCGAGGAGGACAGAAGGACCACGGGUGGAGGGCAUCAUGCGGAUGCAGGAGGAGGUAGUGGCCGUAGUGCAUGUGUUGCACAUAUGUAGCAGUGUGCAAAUGAGGGACAUGGAUAUUAGAGCGACCUUGGAUGCUGCUCGCGCCCUUGAGACGGAGGGCACACUCGUCGACGCGGCAGAUCGUCGGGAUACCUGCGGUACGGGGAAGCGGACCCAGGAUGCCGGGGAGGUUGAGGAGGGGGACGGCCCCCAACCCGCGCAGGGUGAUGGCAGAGUUUGCAGACCGAGACUUGACCCCAUUCGAGGUGAGGAUGACGAUGCGGAGGGAGGUGGUGAUGAGGCUGUCGAUGAAGGGGAUGCACCUCAUGGAGGAUCGAAUGCAGUUGCUCGACAUGAUGCAUGCGAGGAGGACAGACAAACCACGGGUGGCUGGCAUCAGGCGGAUGCAGGAGGAGGUAGUGGCAGUAUUGCGUGUGCUGCACAUAUGAAGUGGUGUGCAGAUGAGCGACAUGGCGAGCAGGCAACCGUUUCAGCAGCUCCGUACGACAUACCAAGGUCAACACAGUUGGAGCCUAUUACGAGCGAAGUGUUGAUAUUCCUGACGCAGCUCCUCGACGACCUGCCUCAGGACAUCAUCUCUCGCUGCGAUCAACGUCCUACGCCGGUCAUGCUUACACGUACCUUAACGUCGCAUCUGUUGUGGUCUCCGUGCACGGAGAUCGACAUGGACAAUUGCUAUUACCCCUCUUCGGGCCACUACCUGGUUAUCGACGUGACCGACCUCACCUUUUGGGAACCGAUCAUUCGAAGGGAGGAAGAGAAAGAAGAGAUAGGUGAAGAGGAAGAAGAAACGAGAGAAGAAGAAGAAGAAGAAGAGGAAGAAGAAGAGGAAGAAGAAGUGAAAGAAGAAGAGGAGAAUUUGGGGACGGAAUUUGACGACCCCGAUUACAACGAGUCAAAAGGAACUGAGUCAGGAGCGAGUGGGUCGGACGAAUCGGACAACCCCAGCGAUUCAGCAAGGAAGAAGACGAAGCCGCAACACCGAAAAGAUGAGAGAGGGUAGAAGGAAAGCGGCCAGUAGAGCAAUCGGACGGACCAGCAGUGCAAGUGUUACAGGGCGAUCCGACUCGUUAUCCAGAGUCACCGGAG